UUUGAAGUAGCGGCUGCUGUUGACGCUCCUGUUUCCCAUAAUUCACAGAGACGAACAAAAAGCUUCUGGUUGCUUCUUAAUUUCAUUAAGUCAUAAAUAACUCUGCAUUAAUCAUCUUGAGACAUUUUUUAAACAUAGUUGUUAUACUCCUGCGCAUUUUAAAUUCACUGUCUCACAUACUCAGCGUAAAUGUAUUACUGAGCUGCUGUAAGGAUGUGUUCUCAUAGAGACCCACGAGGAGCAUGUCACUGAUCCUGUUUGCCUUUGUGGUCCGGGUCAGGGAUGGACUCCCUCUCUCCGCUUCCACUGAUUUCCUGCAUAACAAGGAACUUCAGGAGAGGAAGCAACAACUGAAAGUGAUCUCUAAAUCCCUGAGUUCAUUACCAGAGAGAGGGACAGUCAAGGGCCAUGAGCUCAACAUUCACUUCCUCUCAUCCGAGGGUGUGUCCUACAUGACCGUAUGUGCAUGCAGUCUGCCUGCUGCCACGGCCUUCUGCUUCUUGGAAGACUUGCGCUGGGAAUUCACAGCAUGCUUUGACAACUCUGCAGUGGCCCUGGCAAGCAGGCCAUACCCAUUUCUGGAGUUUGAUAGUGCCAUUCAAAAACUUCAGCAGCAUUAUAACCAGAAAGGGGGUCCAUCUCUGGAGGUCACCCUGGCCGAGGUUCAGGAAGACCUCAGGACCAGCCCCCCUCAGGUUCUCACAAUGGAGGAAGUGGCACUCACCAAUGGAGCAGCCAAUGGGCAUGUAGAACAAACAGCUGCAUCAGGUCAAGGUCAGAGAUUGGAACCAGUCUCAGCACCAGGGAUCCUCUCACUGAUUCUUAACAUCAUGUGUGCUGCCCUCAACCUUAUACGUGGUGUUCAUCUUAUUGAAUACACCUUCCAGGAUGAUUAUGAUGGUUUGUGGAAUGUGGUGGCGUUUCUUUUGGCAUUUCUCUGCUGUGUUUGCCAGUGUCAUCUGUACUUGUUCCAUACCUGCCAGAAGAAGCUGAAAUCCUUUACUCUCCUGACUAUCAUCAUCUUAUGCAAUGCUUUUCUCUGUGGUCUGAGGAACAUCUGGCAGCUGGCCUUCCACAUGUCUGUGGCCUGCCUCUCCACACUGCUCACCCUCCACCGCAAACUGCUGGACAGAAACAUGGACUGUGGAGUAUGAGGACAUCAGCUGGCUGUGGACAACAGUAGGGUGAGAGACCAAAAAAUGUGACGUGAUGCUCACGAAAACUCACAUUGGUUUUUGCUUUAGCUUUUCUUUGAUCUAAUGUUAUGUUUUGUCUCACAUGGAUAGUGAGUGCAUUGGCUUUUCUACAGGGGUCUUCAAUUCCAUUGAUGCAUAUCAGAAAUCAAGUUUUUAAUGACAUAUUGUGAAUGUAAUAUGGAUAAAUCGAACCAAUUUUGUUGGUUUAAAAAAGUUCAUUUUAAGUAAAUUUUAUUUAUUUGCUGCAAAAUAAGAAUACUUGUUGUUUAAGCUAAUUUAAAAUGGUAAUCUUUGUUUACUUUUCUGUAUGAAGGGUUUUUUGUGUCGGUUUAAUUGUUAUAAAGCUAUAAAUGCACAUAUAUUGCAUAUAACUGACUGAAAGUGGGUAGAAAUGGUAUUAACUUCAGGUGAUUCAUGGUCAUGUUUCAAUAUGAGGUUAUCAAGGAUAUCUAGUCAUUAACUAUUUCAGUUCUUUUGAACAUGAUCUUUUGGUUUUAUUUUGGGCAGUGUCGGUUAGUUAGUAAUGGGCUACUCCACAAUACCUUAAUUUUUUGUAUUAUAUUAGUACUAUAAAUUUUAUACAAAGCACAUUCAGGUCUUUUAACUAGUCUUAUCCCAUUUUUUCCACACAAGAUAAUUUUAUCUAGCCUAUCUUUCCAUAAUACUCAUCCCAAAGACUAUAAAUCAAAACUAAUUAUCAUAAUACAACAUUUAUUUAUCAAGUGGGUAAGCUGCAGAGGUGCUAAAGAAUUGCAGGAAAUUGCAUUUGUUGAUAUCCACAUCUAUUUUCUUAACAAAAAAAACUUUUUUUUUUUUUGUCAGCAUACAUUAAUGAUGAUUUACACAGCUUAGUUUACAUAUUAAUGUAAUUUAUUUGCUCCGUUUAUCUUCAUGAAAUAGACAAAAACCACUAGACAUUUUGUCUGUUUAUUUUGCAGCAGACAGUAUUAUAAUAUAAUAAGUUUGAGUAAACUUAAAGGGAUACUCCAUCCCAAAAUGAAAAUUUUGUCAUUAAACACUUACCCCAAUGUCGUUCCAAA